AUCCCCCCGUAGUGGCGGCGCCCUCCGGCAGAUGGCGCCAGGGUCGGCGUCGUUCACCUGCGUGUGGCGUCUCCCAUCCCGUCAUCCCUCAGUUGCAGUGCGACCCCCGCGUCGGUCCCUCGCGAAAUCCCGCUCGCUCUUGGCGUCGCGUUGCGUCGUUCCGUGAUCGCGUCCGUGCGGCAAGCUCUCGCUUGUGGUGUUGUGAGUUCGCCGUCCUGGUAUCGCAACCGGUUUCUCUUAGCCAGCCAAAUUUGGCAAUAAAAUGUACUUAAGAUAAACUACCCAAAACUAUCGGGCGAGUCAUCGUUUUGGAGUCCCUCGCAGUGCUACAGAGCGGCCGUGCGCCAGUGCGGCGGAAGAUCGAUGCCAUGCCGUGAUGUGAUGUGUCUCAGCACGGAAGUGCUUGCCCUUGACUGGAAACUAAUUAACCCCGCUUACAAGUGCCUUGCGGAGGAUUGCAGUGAGUACAACUCAGUGAGACCCACUUGCCUCUGGAAACCCAGCUCGGUUGUGUUAUUCGUGGGUUAAAUUUCAAACCGGCGGAGUUUAACUAGCUCGGCUUAAUUGGAAAUCGUGGAAGAGUGGUCCGUGAGAACUGGUCGAUUGUUACGCGAGCGCCUACUGUUGAAACAGCCGAGCGCGGAAAUUGUGGUGAUCGUGUCGUCUGAAGUUGAACAGUGUUUCGGAACUUCGUCCCAUUCGGGAAUCGUGUUGAAAGGGUUUUUUUUCGGAAUCUGUGAGGCAUCAUCCACUAAUUAUUCGCAAUUUUCGUAAGCUGUAAUGAGGAGAACGAACAAACGGACUGCUUUAUUCUUCAUUUUAGAAAGUUGACUCGUUAGUUCGAAACAUAUUGAAACCAAUGAACCACGUUGGAGAAUCCUUGUUGUGACUUUGAUGGUGGAAUCGCAUCGAAGCUGGUGAAAAUCGCACUGAAGCGUGAUUUGAAUAAACGGCUAACGCUACAAGAUAAGUGAAACGACUAGGAAUUGUUUUCGAUUUUUGCGAAAAUUCCACAGGGUUAAGAUUAUUGACAUUUUCCAAUCCAUGUGAAAUAAUGUGAUGCGCCUGGAGGCAAAAAGGCUUGCUGAUUCUAUUACCGAAGAUUUUUACUCACUUGAAAGUGGAAAGUAAUCGGAAUAACACUCAAGCGUUCACAGAAAAUGCUGUCACCACGGCCGACCAAAUUUUUUGAAUGUGAAGAAGAAUACAAAUUAAUUCCUAUCAAUUCAAAUUUGGGUCACACACACUCGUUAGAUUUGAGAUUAUAAGGAUUGACAAAUGAGACGUGUUCAUCGAAAGCUUUCGCAAUAAUAACAACUGCAUUUAAUCGUAUCCGCAAGAGAAUUGUGCAUAUAAGCCUACUGAAAAAUAAAUGGAUAUAUAGUAAAUCUUUCAAAUUUAUCAUUCUUAAGUAAAAUUGCAAGCACAAUACAAACGGUGAUCAAAUGAUAGCCCAUUUGAAUAACCAAGCAAGCGAGUGUUUUUAUCGGGCCUAAAUUCAGAAGCAAACCACGCUCCAGUCAGAGAUUAAUCCACUGCACGAAAGUGAUUAUUCGAUUCUCUUGGAAGCAACCCUAAACGACGAUCAAAUCUAACUGGAAAAAUCUUGUGAAAAAUUGGGAUUCACAUCUACAUUCAUCCAACUCAGCAUUGACAGCUGAAACAAUCCCAGGAUAAGUUGCCCUAGCAUCCACGCAACCGAGUCAUACUACAAGACAUCGAACUAAAGUUCGUUUUGUGCCUUAAUCUUGUCUACAAAAAGUCAAUGAAAUUCUCGAAGUAAGCUUUUUAUAACCAUAUCAAGUUUAUUGACCCAAAGAGUGCCUCAAAUGAUCAGUCGGCUCCAAGAAGCACCCCGGUAGAAGCCACAGAAAAUCACCAAAGCCACCAGUUGAGGUGACCCAUCACCGACACUCGAAGGGCUAUGUGAGUGGGCGAAGCGGCGGCUCAAGAUUCCCCAGGCGCAGGCGCAGGGUAGCGAGCCGACCUAUGCGAGACCGGCCCGCGCCAUGGUCGAGUCACACCGGGCCGACCGGGUGACCGCUCACCCGAGCCGGGAGCGGGGGAGCAAGGGGGAUGGGAUGAACUCCGUCGGCGCCGCCGCCGCCAACCCCCUCUCCGCCUCGCAAGAUCCGGCUCGGAGGGCGAGCGCGCGGCAGGGCGGAGCCAGCGCGACCCCCACCCCAUUCUCCGCCUCGCAAGACCGGUUGAACUCCCGAGAGUGGGGAGAAUCCUCGCAGGAACCGGCUCGGCGGACGAGCGCGCGGCAAAGCGGGAUAAGCGCAGCCCCCACCUCAUUCUCCGCCUCGCAAGACCGGUUGAACUCCCUGGAGUGGGGAGUCUCCUCCUCGCGAGAACCGGUUCGGCGGGCGAGCGUGCGGCAGAGUGGGGUAAGCAAAACCCCCACUCCGUUCUCCGCCUCGCAAGACCGGUUGAACACCGGGGAGUGGGGAGAAUCCUCGCAGGAACCGGUUCGGCGGGCGAGCGCGCGGCAGAGCGGGGCGAGCGCGACCGGCUCUCCCUCCACCUCGCAAGACCGGUUGAGCUCCUGGGAGUGGGGGGGCAAGGGAGGAGGGGUGAGUGGGGUCUCGGACCUGGCCCGGCGGCGGCGGCACAAGACGGUGCACUUCGGCGAGCAGGUGCGGGAUAAGCCCGAAGAGGAGCGGGGCGGAGGGAGUGCCCCCGGGUCCAUCGUGUCCCUCCCGGACCAGUUCGAGCGGAACGUCCAGCAGCUGUUCAGCUUCAUCGGGACCGUGCUCAGCGCCUGGGAUGCCGGCGAGUCCAGCGACAGCGCCAAGUCCGACUCGGCGCUCCUCUCUCGCGCUCAACAGGAGAGCCACCGCAAGAGGCACGCCCGACGGAGCACGGUCAGCUACUUGCUCAAGGAUGACUCCGGGUCCGACCGGGGAGUCAGCUCGCCCGUCUUCAAGCAUAACCAUUGGAAGACCACGCCCGGAUCCUGCAACGCAUCCUUCCUACGAAAG